AUGUGGGAGGAGCUCGCUAGCUAUAAAAAUCAUUUCCUCCAACUUGAGGUGAAGCACUUGAAGAGGGAAAGUAUAAACGAUUUCGUUACCAAAGAAUACGAUAAGGUGCAAUCAAAACGUUGUAGUUGUAAGUGUCCAAACGAAGAUAACUGCUCAAGUUCGACCUAUUUUCGUGAUCAUGCCGCAUUGGCAUAUGGCUUUCAAUGUAUUGAAAAAUUGACUCACGAUAUAUGUAGUGAUGAUCCGCUGUUGAGAUGGCAGAGUGUAAAUUCAUUAACCGAGGUAAUACUCAAUCCGUGGCAAGCGCAACGUGCCAUCAUGCAAUUCGAUUUGGUGAGAAAGUGUAAAAAUAUGUUCUUUCGCAUACAAAAUGGAUAUCUCAAGGAAUUCUACAAUGAACACAGACAAUUAAUGAAAAUAUUUUACUUAGUUUCGAGCUAUCUAAAUGGUGCCCAUGCCAUUGUUGGGCGCUUACAUUUGGUUGAAGAAUUCUACUCGAUUAUCUAUAAUCAUGGGAGUACACGUUAUCUGGCUUGCAAGAUUCUACGCAACUUGACGGAAAAAACGGAGAUAUUGCUUUUUCUCCUUAAUGAAACGUCAUCAUUUCAAAAUCUCUCCACCAUUUUCAAUGCUGACCCAUGUACGCCCUUCUACCCAAAUGCACUGUGGGAGCACCUUUGUCAUUUCUUAGAGAUCGCGCCGAAGUUGGCCAUAAAAUCGGGUUUCUUUGAAUUAUUCUAUGAACGCAUAAAGAAUAAAACGCUCUUCUAUCAUGAGCUCUGUAUGAAGUGCUUUGCCAUGCUCUUACGUUGUGAGGAGGGCCAACAGUGUUUCGAUAAGAUUGAUGGCGUGAAAUUGUUGUAUGACAUAAUCGCAGAUGAGCGAACAAAGUUGGAUAGCUAUGAAUAUGUGAUGUUGGCUUUACAGCACGGUCUAGUGAGCAAUCGUUCGCUGUGGCGUUGUCGUGAGUUUACCGAUCUGCCGAACCGUAUUAUCGACUUAGCCAAGUUGGAUAAUAGAAAUUUGCAAUUGGAAUGCUUCAAGUGUCUUCGUCUCCUGUCCGCCAUGCCAUGCUUAAAGGCUUACAUACUGCAUGGUUGUAUGUCCGAUUUGAUGUCAAUCGAGUGUUUGAAUGAACCGAAUGAGUGCACUCGUGAUUUAUUAGCUGAAUGGCUGAAUCGUGACAUUUGUGAUUCGAGUGAAAUGUGA